AUGACCUUAAAGGAGCUAAAGGCCCCCGCUGCAGCUCUGAAGAAGCAACAGGCUCCCGCUGCAGCCUUCUGGCUUCUGGAGGCGUCCCACCUCCCCGGAGGCCUUGGCGAGGCGCCCCGCCUCCCCCGCGGCCUUGGUGAGGCGCCCUGCCUCCCCCGCGUCCUUGUCGAGGUGCCCCGCCUCCCUGGCAACCUCAAGGAGGUGUUUCGCUUCCUCCGCUUCUUUCAGUCCCCCCAGUCCUUCCAGUCCCUCUAUCCCUCCAGUCCCUCCAGGGUCUCCAAUCCCGAGUCCAGUCCCAUCUCCAGUCCAUCCCCCGGAGGCGCCCUCGGCUCCAGCUUCGCCCCCAGUGGGGCCACUGGUUCCGGCCCCGCCCCCGGAGGGGCUAACUGUUUCAGCUCCGCCCCCAGAGGGGCCACCGGUUCCGGCUCCACCCUCGAAGGGGCCACCGAUUCCAGUUCCGCCCUCGGAGGGGCCACCGGUUCCAGUUCCGCCCCCGGAGGGGCCACCGGUUCCGGUUCCGCCCGUGGAGGGACCGCCAGUUCCGGCUCCACCCCCGGAGGGGCUGCCGAUUCCGAUUCCGCCCUUGGAGGGGCCGCCAAUUCCAGUUCCGCCCUCGGAGGAGGCACCGGUUCCAGUUCCGCCCCCGGAGGGACCACCGGUUCCAGUUCCGCCCGUGGAGGGACCACCGGUUCCAGCUCCACCCCCGGGGGGCCGCCGAUUCCAGCUCCACCCCCAGAGGGGUCCCACCAUCACUUGCUUCCAGUCCGGCCACCCAACCCUCAGAGGGGUCCCACCGUCGCCAGUUUCCAGCCCGGCCACCGGCCCGACCCCCGGAGGGGUCCCACCGUCGCCGGUUCCCAGUCCGGACCCCGGAGCGGCCCCGUCGAUUCAACUGCCGGUUCCCAGCCCGGCCUUCUGAGGAUUCCCAUCGGGCCAGUUGCCGGUUCCCAGCCCGGCCUCCAGAAGAUCCCCGUCGGGUCUGCUGCCGGUUCCUGGCCCGGCCUCCAGAAGGUUCCCGCUGGGCCUGUUGCCAGUUCCCAGCCUGGCCUCUGGAGAGUUCCCAUCGGGCCAGCUGCCAGUUCCCAGCCCGGACUUCAGAAGGCCCCAACCGUUGCAGCUGCCGGUUCCCAGUCCAGCCACCGGAGGACGUCCGUCGGCCUGACUCUCUGCUCCCGGGCCAGUCCCAGCCUGCCCUGCACCCGGGCCGUCCUCUGGAGCGGUCCGUCAGCCUGUCCGACUCCAGCCUGUCCUAUCCCUGGACCGUCGUCCGAUGUUGUCCCCCCCACCCACCCGAUCCCAGCCCGCCCGUCCCUCGGGUCGCCCCUUGAACGGUUCCUUCUGCCAGAUCCCUGCCAGUCCCGAAGUCACCCGCCGGUACCCCACCCGGUCCAGGGUGCGCCAGGAGGCGCACCUUGA